AUGACUGUCGUCUUUGUACACGUGAACAUCAAGAAUAUCAGCAUCACCUCCGAGUCUGUGCCCAUGUCCGCUUUUGCACCUGAGGAUGACCCGUUCAAGAACAUCUAUGACGCCAAACCGCUGGGGUCCUACAACUUCCAACAGGACAAAAAUAUGCCCUACCCCCUCGAUCUCAAACCUGGUGACAUAGUGGUCACUCAAUGCCUCUUGGAGAAGUUCACUGAAACCGGGCUAACCUAA